UCCCUUAUCAUGAAGCAAGCGUUGUACAAGGGUGUAUAAAACACGGCGGCUGAGGCUGAUAGUUCAUUCUCUGUUUAAAAAACCAGUGGAAUAUAUCAAAAAUGGCAUCCAAAGCUGUUGUCCUAUGCGCAUUUGCUGUCUUGUUCCAGAGCAUUGCUGCUCAGAGGAACUGCGGCUGCCAGUCCAUCGAGGUAUCAAACAAUGGCGGAGCCCUGACCGUGACCAGCGCCGGCCCUAUCGCGCCGUCCGGCAUCGCCGUCGCCGCCGACCUGGGUCUGUCCGGAGAUUUGGACCUGUCCGGUACGCUCCCGUACCUGAGCGCGGUGGCCUUCGAGGGCAAAUUUGACACCAGCGGUUCGGCGCCGGUGUCGUACGGCUGCGGGGACUCCGUCGCCAUCACCCAGCAGAUCGGUGGCUCCAGCAGCGCCAGCUCUGGCUACUACGGUGGCUGCGGUUGUGGUGGACGUUAAUUACUCAUUCACUUUUGUAUCUAUACUAAACUUUUGUACCAAAUUAAAUAUUUUUGUAUAAAAUAA